AUGCGGCGAGCCAUUGAUGAAGGGAUCACGAGGAGGAUGGAGCUGGAGCAAGCGCUGGCCAUAGAAGAGGCUUGUCGUCAAGAGGCUGAGGGUGCUAUCGCUCCGCUGAGGGAGGCGAACCUGGAUUUAACUGGAAAGCUGCAGCGGGCGGAGGAUGGUCUAAGAUUGGUGGAGCAAGUUGGGGCCCGGGUGGCCGCGGCCGAAGAGCGUCUGCAAGAUUUGGAAAGGCAGGUCAGUGAAUACGAUGCCAAGUUGGAGUGUCAUGCCGCUGCCUUGGAGAGUUUGGCUCCCUAUCCAGAUUGCAUGAUGGAUCUGGAGGACCAGGUUGGGAAUCUGCAGAGGGAAGUGGACUGUUUACGGGAUGUGGAGCUAGAGGGAGGCGAGAUGGAGCAGCUGAAGAAGGAGUUAGCCGAGGAGCGGGCACGAUUGAGUGACUACGCCGAAGUUAGGGCCCGGGUGGCCGAGACCGAAGAGCGUCUGCAAGAUUUGGAAAGGCAAGUCCGUGAACGCGAUACCGAGUUGGAGUGUCGUGCCACUGCCUUGGAGAGUUUGGCUCCCUAUCCGGAUCACAUGGUGGAUCUAGAGGACCAAGUUGGGAAUCUGCAGAGGGAAGUGGACCGUUUACGGGAUGUGGAGCUGGAGGCAGGCGAGAGGGAGGAGGAGAUGGAGCGGCUGAAGAAGGAGUUAGCCGAGGAGUGGGCACGAUCGAGUGACUUCGCCGAAGUUUGUAUCCGCAUGCGCGCUGCUGCCGAGACGCACCGGGACAAGCUUGCCAAGGCUAGGCGGGAUGGUACAGAUAAGGCGGUGGAUCUCUAUCUCCGGACAUAUCACUUUCAAGAGAAAAUGAACAAAGCAUAUGCUCUCACAAGCAUACGAAUCGUUGUCAAGUAA